UGAUAGGAACCCUUACGUGUCACUUUCCUAUUUCACGGCCUCUCUCCUUCGUCGGGGUCUCAUGCAAAAAUCUCAUUUUUUCUCUUCCUCCUCCAAGUUUGAUCUCUCCAUCUUCUCUGUCAAUUCUCUGUCAAAUUUUUCUUAUAUAAUAGUUUUUGUUCGUUUGAGUCGAGAGUGUUCGAUUUCCUUGUUUGAUUCGUUUGAUUCCUCUGUAGAGGAUCUUGAACGUUCGUUUGAUUCAAUCAUAACUCUUCUCCCCUCUCCCUUCCAUGGUGGGUCACUUCGUAAAAGGGAAAGCUUUUAUGUUUAUUUGAUUUGAGUCACUUCGAUCUACAUCUGGAUUUUGCAAGAAAAUGAGAAAACAUGGAUGGCAACUUCCUUACCAUCCACUUCAGGUGGUGGCAGUUGCUGUGUUCUUGGCUCUUGGGUUUGCUUUCUUCGUCUUCUUUGCUCCUUUUGUUGGCAACAAGAUUCAUCAGUACAUUGCCAUGAGCAUUUACACUCCUCUGAUUACAUUGCGGCGUCAGAUCCUGCAGACCGUGGAGUUUUUCGGUCAAAGAAGUACCUGAAAGUUCCUGAAAACGGGAAACUUCCUCAAUCAAAAGAUACAAAGGAUGGCUGUGGAUCAACUAAAUCUCAUAACAGCAUGUGUACAUGAUCAAGAAAAUAGAACUCAUAAGAAACUGGACUCAUCACAAAGAUCGUCUCUCCUGCGUCUGCUUUGCUCUCCUUGUGCAAUGUGGUUGAUCACAAAAAAAAAUUAUGUUCUUUCAUAUUAUGAAAUCCAAUCAUUCUACUUUAAAAAAAAAAAAUUUAAGAACCUCAAUGAGGUUCUACCAUUGGACAAGGAAAAAUUAAAUUAGAUUAACAAAGGUUCUAAACAUUUCAAAUCACUAUAUUUAUUAUUAAUUUAUUGAUUAGAACCCAUAAGAGGUUAUUAUUGAUGGACAUG